AGCCGUUCCACUAUCACACUGAAGGGAAACAAAUGCUUAAGAUACUGCCCUGCUGUUAAGUGGAGUUUGGCGAGAACUUAGAAGGUGGAGAUGAAUACGACCAACAGCACCCAGAGCAUCCCAGCCCAGCCCAGCCAGCAGAGCUCGGGCAGUGGCAAUGAAUACUUUUACAUCCUGAUCGUCAUGUCCUUCUACGGGAUCUUCCUCAUCGGGAUCAUGCUGGGUUACGUGAAAUCCAAGAGGAAGGAGCCGAAAUCCAGCUUGCUGCUGCUGUACCAGGAUGAAGAGAGGCUCUGGGGGGAGGCCAUGAAGCCCCUGCCGGUGGUGUCGGGACGGAGGGCGGCCCAGGUGCCCAUGAUGCUGAGCAUGCUGCAGGACAGCAUGGCGCCCGCCUGGUCCUGUGCCAUCUGCCUCAUGGAAGGGGGCAGCGUCAGCUCCGAGUCGUCGUCCCCGGACGUUCACUUGACCAUCCAAGAGGAGGUCCCAGAUGACGAGACGGGGGAGACCUCGGAGACGCCCCUCAACGAAAGCAGCGAGGGGUCUUCGGACAACAUCCACCACGCCUCCUAGCACCUCUGGGCUCCCCCUCCCCGCGACUGAGUGAGUGGAAGGAGUUGUUCGAUCUAGCGGGUGCGACUUUUCCGCUGCGGCUGGUCCCCCGAGUCCCAGGGUCCAGGCGAGCAGCCCAAGCUGGCCAGAUCAAGAAGUUAACGCCGGGCUGGCGACUGGACUUGACUCUCCAAAUCCCAAAUGAUUUUCAGUUUGUAUAUUUCAGUCAGUGUCAAGCUGUUACUAUGCAUGCUCUGAACAAAGCAGAUUGUUGGGGGGUGGGGGGUUCUUCCUCACUGAAGCCUGCAAUUACUGUUAUAUUUGGGGGGCUGUGAUCUGCUAAGGCGUUUUCUUAAAUGGCAUAAUGCCGCUGCGUAACUGCCAACAUCCGCAUGGCUUAGAGGUCUUCAAACUGAUCGGGAUAAGUUGCGGAAAGUCACUGUGGUGUGAGGGACUAGUUUUGAUUAUCUUAUUCUCAUUCAUUCAAUCGUAUUUAUUGAGCGCUUACUUGUGCAGAGCACUGUGGUAAGCGCUUGGGAAGCACAAAUCGGCAUUCUCCUGAAAGUACUUCUGGAUUUGUGUUAAAUCAGCUCACCGACAAGCGGUAGGGGCUUUAUGUACUAUUUCUUUCCUCUGGCAAAGGAUGUUUGAUUGGAGAAAGGCGGAGCACCAAAGGAUCAUUUAAAACCUCUCAAAUCCUGUUGAGUACAUCCUAAAGAUUCUGUCAUUUCAGUCUCCUCUUGCCAUACCCCUUAAAUAUGGGAUCCAUGAUCUUUGGGGAUCAGAACUGACCCUAUAAAUUUAGAUAAGUGAUUUUCAAUUUCACUCCAGCCCGCUCUACUCCUUGAAGUAGCCAUUUCCUGCCAGAAGAAACUUUUUUUUUAAAGAUACCAUGGGAUUAUCUAUUGCUGAACUUUUCAGAUCAGCUUUCAGACGGUGGUAGUAGAUAUGCGAUCACUUAGGGAUUCUAACUGUCGAAGCUUAUCAUAUACCCGGGGAGACCCUUCAUUAGUCCCUAGACUCCUUGUCUCUUCCUUGAGAUUCUCCCGUUCAUUUACAGCGCUGCAGAGCAUGUGAUUCUCAAUGUCUAAGUGGAAGUUAAGGGAUAUGUCUCUCCCAGAAGCAUGGGGAGAGGAGGAUGUAUACAAGAUUUGAAGACUCUGCCAUGUAUGUUGUAGAGCCUUGGCUGAGAGGUGUCUUUAAGAGAUGACUCUAUUGCUACCAGUUAUUAAUUGCCAUGAGCAGAAAGGUGGUUUGCAAUCAGGAGUGAAUGCU